AUGUCUCCAAAAGGAUCCAAGGGGGUGGUAGCUUCUCCUCACGAAGCUCAUGGCUACGAAUUCCUGGGACCUCCAGGCGCUUUUGCCAUAUCUUUCGGUCUGCCAAUAGCUUGCUAUGCUGCGACUUUCCUCUGCAACGAUAUUUCAGGAUGUCCUGUCCCAUCAGCACUCUCUCCGUCGACCUUGACCGUUGAAAACCUCAAGCGCGAUGUAGGAUGGCCUGCGAACGGUAUAAUGGGAUUGGCAAGCUGGGACGCAACUUUGAAGACGUUGGGAUACUAUGCGUUGUCACUUGUGCUCCAUCGUGUGCUACCGGGUGAGGAGGUUGAAGGUGUUGAGCUUUCAUCUGGGGGAAGGCUGAAGUAUAAGUUCAACACUUGGUGGUCCUCAUUGACUACUUUCGCUAUUCUUGCAGCUGGUACCGCAGCUCAAGGGGCAGACUUUCCCGUCUGGACAUACAUUUACGACAACUACCUCCAAAUCCUCACAGCAAACAUCUUGAUCGCCUAUGGACUCGCAACAUAUGUUUACAUUAAGAGUUUCAGUGUCAAGCCAGGAAAUGUUGAACGCAGAGAGCUCGCGAUGGGAGGACAAUCUGGGAACAUGUUAUACGACUGGUUCAUUGGCCGAGAACUUAAUCCGCGUGUGACUUUACCCAUCUUCGGCGAAAUUGACAUCAAAGAAUGGUGCGAACUACGUCCCGGCAUGAUGGGAUGGAUCAUCUUGAAUUUCACAUUCAUGGCACAUCAAUACAAGGCAUAUGGAGUGAUUACUGACAGCAUCUUUCUGGUGACGGCAUUCCAGACACUGUACGUUUUCGACGCAUGGUGGAUGGAGUCCGCAAUCCUCACCACCAUGGACAUAACCACCGAUGGUUUCGGCUUCAUGUUGGCAUUUGGCGAUCUCGUCUGGGUCCCAUUCAUCUACUCGAUCCAGGCACGUUAUCUAGCAGUCUACCCACACUCCCUCGGUCUCUUUGGCUGCGCACAAGUCUUCGCCGUCCUAGGCACAGGAUACUACAUCUUCCGUAGCGCCAACAACGAGAAGAACCGUUUCCGAACCAACCCCAAAGACCCACGCGUCGCACAUCUCAAAUACAUCGAGACGAAAUCCGGCUCCAAGCUCCUGACAUCUGGAUGGUGGGGAACCGCCAGACAUAUAAACUACACCGGCGACUGGAUCCAAGCAUGGGCUUAUUGCAUGCCAACUGGCAUCGCCGGCUAUCUCAUCCAGCACUCCUCCAUCGCUCCUACCGCCGGGCAAUCGCUCGUCGAUAAAUCAUUCGUCUACAACGGCCCAGUUGCAUACUCAGAAGUCACUCAAGGCUCAGCUAGGGGAUGGGGCAUGAUGUUUACUUAUUUUUAUCUUGUAUACUUUGCCAUCUUGCUCGUUCAUCGCGAGAGGAGAGAUGAGGAGAAGUGUAUCAGGAAAUAUGGGGAUGAUUGGAAGAAGUAUACCGAGGCGGUUCCGUAUAGGAUGAUUCCUGGUAUUUACUAA